AAUUGUCUACAUCCACUUUCUUCUUCUCUCUUUGUUUUCUUUCAACUUUUACUGAAAAUGGAGAUUUCAGUCACAUUUAUUGCCUUCUCUGUUGCUUUUCCUGGUAUCAUAACAUGUCUGUGGAAGGUGCUCGACUGGGUUUGGUUGAAACCGAAGAAGCUAGAGAUGUUACUUCGACGGCAAGGUUUCUCCGGCAACUCCUACAAACUUCUCCAUGGAGACACAAAAGAGAUGUUCAGGAUCACAAAACAGGCUAAAACAAGACCGAUCAACCCCGUCUCCCAUGAUAUUGCGCCGCGAAUCAUUCCAUACCACCAUCAUAUCAUCAAAAACUACGGAAAGAAUUCUUUGAUAUGGGAGGGUUCAACACCGAGCAUAAACAUCAUAGACCCCAAAUUGAUCAGGGAUAUUAUGUUAAAACCCGACAUUUUUCGAAAACCCAAGAGGAAUCCACUCGCAAAGUUUAUAGUGGAUGGGAUGGUAAAGUAUGAGGGUGCUCAAUGGCUUAAAGUCAGAAAGAUUGCUAAUCCUGCUUUCCAUCUUGAUAAGUUGAAGGGUAUGUUGCCUAAAAUUUAUCUGAGCUGUAAUGACAUGAUAGAAAAAUGGAAGAUUUCAAUCUCAAACGAAGAAUCCUGUGAGUUAGAUGUGUGGCCUGACAUUACGGCUUUAACAUCGGAUGUGAUUUCUCGGGCAGCAUUUGGCAGUAGCUACGAAGAUGGAAGAAAAAUAUUUGAACUCCUUAAUGAACAAAUUAAUCUUAUGGUUCAAGUCAUGCGGUUCUUUCACAUACCAGGAUGGAGGUUUUUGCCCUUUAAAGCAAAUAGAAAAUUGAAAAGUAAUCAUAAUGAAAUUCGCAAACUAAUAAAAGGCAUAAUAAAGAGAAGAGAGGAGGCUCUGAAAAUUGGAAAAGCAAAUAACGAUGAUUUAUUGGGUUUAUUAGUGGAAUCAAAUCACAUAGAAAUUCAAGAGCAGGGGAAUAAAGAAAGUGGAAUGAGUCUUGAAGAGGUGAUUGAGGAGUGCAAACUCUUUUAUCUUGCUGGUCAGGAGACUACUGCAUCAUUGAUUGUAUGGACAAUGGUUUCCUUAUGUAUGCAUCAAAAUUGGCAAGAUCGCGCAAGAGAAGAGAUUUUCCAAGUUUUCGGGAACAAAGUGCCACGAUUUGAUGAGCUGAACCACUUGAAAGAAGUAAAUAAAAUACUUCAUGAGGCUCUAAGGUUAUAUCCACCAGCAAAUUUCUUAUCGAGAACAAGUAUUAAAGAGUCCAAAUUGGGAGAACUCACAAUACCACCUGGAGUUCUACUUUCAAUACCAAUAAUUUUAGUUCAUCAUGAUGAAGAAUAUUGGGGAGAUGAUGCAAAGGAGUUUAAUCCUGAUAGAUUUUCUCAUGGAGUUUCCAAUGCAUCAAAGAACGAUCAAGUCUCAUUCUUCCCAUUUGGUUGGGGUCCAAGAAUAUGCAUUGGACAAAACUUUGCAUUGUUGGAAGCAAAGCUAGCAUUGGCAAUGAUUCUGCAAAAUUUCUCUUUUCAUCUCUCUCCAACUUAUGUUCAUGCUCCUACUCGUGACUUCACUCUAAAACCUCAAUAUGGUGCCCACAUCAUCUUACGCAAAAUAUAGUUUUGUAGUGUACUUGCUUUUGAAGUGUUAAAAAAUACUCCUAUUUUAAAUUUUAAUUAUACUUUAUCUUUUUUCCAUGGAUU